AGCCGCCCCUGGUUUCGAGAGCAACUCCCCACGCGCAUUCUCUCUCAGCGCCGACAACCCCAGCUCCCGACCCACCAAAAUCCCAUCCAGCCGCCGGCAACGCCACCACCUAAGACUAAGAGGCUACCACCCACCGGCGUCGGGCGGCGACAAUGGCUACUACUCAAGAGCGCCUUCUUCCUCCUCAACUGUGAAGCUGCCUCGACUCCUCCAGUGAAAAGAGAUCCCCUGAACAGUGAAUCCCAGCCGCCGGUCAUAGCCCUCCACGGCGGCCGACGCUUUCUUCCUCCUCCUUGAUAAGCAAAAAAACACCCUAGCUUCAGGGAAAAUCCACAGCAUUCCGUUUCCAUGGCCGCUGAUUUGGAAUGGAAAGCUGCCGAGAUCGUGGCCGUGCUUGGCUGGCUGCUCUCGCCCGUCAUCACCUUGUUCCUGCCCAAGAUCCUUGUCUGCCUUGGCUUCCACGCAUCCAAGAAGCUCCAGGAGCUGGAGAUCCACAUCAUCCCGGAGCUGGAGAAGACGCUGCGGGCCGUGGAUCAGGAGAGGAUGAUGCAGAGAGGAGAGAGGGUGAAAACCGAUUUGGAUGCGCUGGACAAGAUGGCCGCCAUGCUGAGGCACGCUCUGGAGGACGCCGAAGACAUCUUCGACGACGCACAGGAGAAGAUCGUGCUCGGGUGCUGGCAUCACAUCUGUGGUGCUUUCGCCGCCUGCAGAAGCAGCAGCAGCUGUGUCUGGAUUGCACGCGUCGUCCAGACAAAAUCAGCUUGGAUACUGCAGUGGGUGCGGAAGAUCAUCUCCUGGUCUCGAUGGCUCCUACGAAGGCCAGAGGAUGCACUUCCUGUGAUAACCUCAGAAUCCUCAUCGGGGUGGUGGCUCUCUUGCUUGUGCAGCUCGUUCGACUUGUUCAAGAAAUGUGCUUCAUCACUAUACAGCUGGUUAGCUCAUGUGUUUGAGGCUGCCUGCUUUUACAGAGACUGGUCAUAUCAAGUGGUUGGCAUCAAUAAAUGUCAGGAGAAUGCCUCCUUAUUCGAUAUAUUAGAUAUAUUCCUUACUGCUAUCUCAAGAGAGGAAUUGAAGAAAAGAAUACAGAAGGUAGAAAACACCGUCAGCGAAGUGAAGAAGUCACAACUCUUGGGUGUGGCAAGUAACAGCACACCAGAUGAUAUUGCCAACAAGAACAGGAGCAGAAUUAAAGCUGCUAACAAACACAGGAGCAAAAUUAGAAUUGGUAGUCCCUGUAAGGUAUUUGGUCGAGAGAAGUUGCGUGAUGAUAUAAUGAAAAAGCUCCGUGAGAUACCACAUGGUGAUACACCAAGCUCGAGUACUAGUCCAUGUUACUCUGUGAUUGGCAUAUAUGGUGUUUCAGGGUCCGGAAAGACUACAUUUGCACAAUAUAUUCGAGAUUACAUAAAGGAGGAAUGCAAUGAGAAACUUUUUGAUACCAUCAUGUGCAUUCAUGUGUCUGAGAAUUUCAGUGUGGAUGAUAUAUUUCAUGAAAUGCUGAAGGAUAUUACGAAAGAUAGACACUCCAAUAUUUCGGAUCGUGAAGAUCUGGAAGAUAAGUUGAAGGAAUCAUUGAGUGGAAAACGUUUCUUUUUUAUAUUGGAUGAUCUCUGGGUGAAGAACAAGAACGACCCACAACUGAUGGAACUAAUCUCUCCACUCAAUGUUGGGUUGAAAGGAAGCAAAAUCCUGGUGACGGCUCGAACAAAAGAAGCAGCUGGAGUUCUGUGUGCCAAUGAACUUAUUGAAAUGCCUGAUUUGGAUGAGGAUCAAUACAUGAAGAUGUUUAUGCAUUAUGCUUUGAGUGGUAAAAGUAUUGCCGUUAAAGAAUUGGAACAAGUUGGGAGAGAGAUUGCCAAAAAGCUACAUCGAUCACCUAUUGCAGCAGUAACAGUUGCAGGACGGCUUGGGGCAAACCCAAAUAUCAGUUUUUGGAAAAAUGUUGCAAAGCUUGACAUGUUGAAUGACACCAUGGAUGCUCUUUGGUGGAGCUAUCAGCCGCUUAAUCCGGACAUAAGGCGUUGCUUUCAAUUCUGCAAUAUUUUUCCCCGAAGAACGAAGUUGAGAAAGGAUGAGUUAGUUCAUCUGUGGAUAGCGCAAGGGUUUGUAAAGAGCAGGUGUGCAACAGAGGACAUGGAAGACGUAGCUGAGGGCUACAUUCAAGAGUUAUUGUCAUGCUCAUUUCUUCAAGCAGAAGUAGAUGAUUACUCUGAAGUAGAAUACUUCACAAUUCAUGAUCUGCUGCAUGAUUUAUUAGCCAAGGUUGCUGGAAGUGAUUGCUUCAGAAUUGAGAAUACAAGGAACCACAGAGGAGAAGGAUGGAAGGAAGAAGUCCCUCGAGAUGUCCGCCAUCUUUUUGUUCAGAAUUAUGAUGGAGAAUUGAUUACUAAGAAGAUCCUUGGAUUGGAAAAUUUACGCACUCUUAUCAUUGAUGCUGUUAAUGGGGAUACACCAGUUGAUGAAAAAGUCUUUGAGAGUAUAUGCAAGAGGCUGCCGAAAUUGCGGGUACUAGCCGUUGCUUUCAGGGAGACGUAUUAUGGAAUCAUGGAACACAAAAAGUUCUCGGUCCCAAAAUCUAUUGCUCAGUUAAAGCACCUACGCUAUCUUGCUUUCAGGACAGACUACUCAUGCUCUGUAACUUUACCAAGGGCACUAACAAAACUUCAUCAUAUCCAGCUGCUAGAUUUUUACUUGGCAAAAAUGUUGGAAUUCCCCUUUGCUGACCUUGUCAACUUGCGGCACAUGUUCUGCUGGCCAAACUUGAAAUUCCCUAACUUGGGCAGGCUGAUCUCACUCCAAACACUACCAUGCUUCACAGUAAGCAAUGAACAGGGUUAUGAGAUAAGGCAGCUGAGGGACCUAAACAAGCUUCAAGGACGACUGAGAAUCAAGGGCCUGCAAAAUGCUAAUAGCAAGGAGGAAGCUCUUGAAGCCAAUCUAGCUGCCAAGGAACGGCUCACAGAACUGUGCUUGGUAUGGGGUUGUGAUAAUGAUACAAGGUGCAGUCCAGAAGUUGAAGCAGAGGUACUUGAGGGCCUGUGCCCUCCCGUGGGGCUUCAAAAACUUAAUAUAUAUGGAUACAGAGGUUCAAGGUACCCAGAUUGGAUGGUGGGUAAGCAGAGCGGUGGCCCACAGGGCCUGCGAAAUCUUCAUCUCCGGGGAUGCAGCCAACUGGGACCUGGUCCUGAAUUUGAGGCUUUCCCUCAUCUUGGUGUGCUCCAGAUUUGGUUCUGCAGCUGGGACUCCUUACCAGGCAACAUGGAGCACCUCACGUUGCUCAAGAAACUAGAUAUCGUGGGUUGCGAGAAUAUCCGGUCUCUUCCAACACUGCCCCAGUCUAUUAAGCAAUUGUAUCUUGCUUUCUCCAACUAUGAGUUGAUGAAGUCUUGUAAAACAGUCGGACAUCCAAACUGGCAAAAGAUUGAGCACAUCCCCAGGAAACAGUUUCGGUGAUCCAGCAAAAAGGCAGUGAAGGGCGUCUGAUGGUCUUGAAUCAAUGAGGAGAGAUUUAGGCAUGGCAAGACAUGUGAAGGACAUUUGAAAUGCCCAGCGAAACUGCAGGAUCGGAGUUCCCAGAUGGUGAUGAUGGGUGUUAAAACUCUUACUAGCAGUUUGCUUCCUGUGGUUUGUGAUGAUACCAAGGAUAUCGUCUGUUUUAUAGUAAUAAUGUCGGUAGUACCACUGCCUGGAUUGGAUUUACUAGUAAAUAUGCCCGUGCGUUGCACCGGGAGAAAGAA